UUUUAUAAACUGGUACCGAGGAUCAUCAAGCCCCGCCCCCUCUACCCUGGCCCCGCCCCCUCGGCCUCUCAUUGGCUGAGCCCGGGCCGGUGGGCGGGGCCUCGGUUUGAACCGGGUCCCGCCUCACGGAGGUGUCAGGUUUCAGCCGCGGCUCCAGCUGUCGACACCGUUAGUUAGACGACCAUUAAACAACAAAAACAACCAAUAAAACCAAUAAAACCCUCCAGCGGUCGAUGGAGCCGGAGAACCGCAGCUAAUCCCGGUGUCAUGGCGGAGGGAGCGGACUGUGGAGCCCCCGGAGCCCCCGGGGGGAGGAGGCGGACAGCCAGGAGGAGCCAGCCGAAGAGGAGCUCCGGCAGCCGGGUGACUCUGGAGAAAGUCCUGGGCAUCAGCACCGUGAGCAGCUGCGGCGUGACCUCUGACCCCAACUCCGGGCUCAUCGCCUACCCUGCAGGGUGCGUGAUCGUGCUGCUCGACCCCAAGAAGAACAAACAGAGUCACAUCGUCAACGCGUCCAGGAAACCGUUCUCAGCUCUGGCCUUCUCUCACGACGGGAAACACCUGGUCACCGGUGAGAGCGGCCACCAGCCCUGCGUGCGGGUCUGGGAGCUGCGUGGGGGUCCGGUAGCCGAGCUCCAGUCACACAAGUACGGCGUCUCCUGCGUGGCGUUCUCCUCCAGCGGCUGCUACAUCGUCUCCGUGGGCUACCAGCACGACAUGACGGUCAGCGUGUGGGACUGGAGGAAAGGUUCCGUCAUCGCCACCAACAAGGUGUCCAGCCGGGUCUCGUCCGUGUCCUUCUCCCAGGACGACAGCUACUUCGUCACGGCCGGACACCGACACGUCAAGUUCUGGUACCUGGACGCGUCCCGGGAGAGACGGGUGAACAGCACGGUGCCCCUGAUUGGCCGCUCGGGUCUCCUGGACGACCAGAAGAACAGCGUGUUCAGCGGCGUAGCGUGUGGGCGGGGCCUCGCGGCGGCUAACACCUACUGCAUCACCAACGCCGGCCUGCUCUGUCAGUUCGGACGCAGCCGCAACCUGGAGGCCUGGGUGGAGGUGAAGACGGCGUCGGCCAGCUGCCUGGCCGUCAGCGAGGACUUCAUCUUCUGCGGUUGCUCCAACGGUCUCGUCCGGGUCUUCAGUCCGUCCAACCUGCAGUUCAUCACCACGCUGGAGCGGCCGCACCGGCUGGGAGUCGACCUCACGCAGAGCGACCCGCUAGCCGCCGCGGCGCCCGGCACGCAGCACCCCGACACCCUGGCCUUGACCUUUGACCCCGUCCAGCGCCGGCUGACCUGCGUCUACAACGACCACAGCGUUUACGUCUGGGACGUCACGGACGUGAGGAACGCCGGGAAGAUGUACUCAGCUCUGUACCACAGUAGCUGUGUGUGGAGUCUCCAGGUUUACCCGGAGCUGCCGGACCCGACCCGGGCCGUCCUCCCUCCGUCCUCCUUCCUCACCUGCUCGUCUGACAGCACCAUCCGAGUCUGGACCACCGACCCCCCCACCGGCACCACCGGGACCAGGAACCUCUACAGCAACGACCUGCUGCGGAUCCUGUACGUGGGGGAGAACGAGGGGGAAACCACCGCCGCCGGGGCUGAUGGGAAGGCAGGGAUCCGGGUGCUGGGCAUCAGUCCGGACGGACGGCACCUGGCCACCGGGGACCGCUGUGGGAACCUCAGGAUCUUCGGUCUGGAGUUCCUGGAUGAACUCGUGAAGAUCGAAGCUCACGACUCGGAGGUGUCGUGUUUGGAGUUCUCGCCCACGUCCUCAGGUGUUCGGUUGUUGGCGUCGGCCAGCAGGGACCGAUUAAUCCACGUGUUUAACCUGGAGAACGACUACAGCCUGGAGAACACGCUGAACGACCACUCGGCCUCAGUCACCGCCGUCAAGUUCACAGGUGUGAGUCCGGAGGUCCGGAUGGUGAGCUGCGGCGCCGACAAGAGCAUCUACUUCCAGUCAGCCGAGCAGACGGCGGAGGGUUUGUCGUUCUCCCGGAGCCACCACGUGGUGGAGAAGACGACUCUGUACGACAUGGACCUGGACCCGACCAGGACGCACGUGGCCAUCGCCUGCCAGGACCGGAACGUCAGGGUUUACAACGUGGAGACGGGGAAGCUGAAGAAAUGCCUGAAGGGCUCGACCAGCGACGAGGGAGCGCUGCUGAAGGUGCAGAUGGAUCCGUCCGGCUCAUUCUUCGCCACCAGCUGCUCCGACAAAAACAUCACCAUCUUCGACUACGAGACCGGAGAGUGUGUGGCCACGCUGUUCGGACACUCAGAGUUCAUCACCUGCAUGAGGUUCAGCCAGGACUGCAGACACCUGAUCUCGGUGUCAGGAGACAGCUGCGUGUUCGUGUGGAAGCUGGACAGUCACAUGACCAGCACCAUGAGGAGGAGGCGGGGCCUCAGAGUCGUACCUGCAGCCGCCAGCAGGAAGCAGCCCAGCCUCAGGAGGGAGACCUUCACGGUUCCUGCGGCUCGGCCUCUUCAGGAAGAGGAGGAGGAGGAGGAAGCUGCAGACCUGAGGACUCCAGCCAGACCGGACCCGACUCCUGUGGCGCCGCUGCUGCAGACCAACGGGAAGCUGCCAAUGUGGUUCAGGAAACUGCACGGCGAGGCCAACGCCUCCUGCUUGUCGGUCGACCAAUCGGACGUGGAGCCUCGUCAGGGGCGGAGCCGCUGGGCAGAGAAGCUCCACCCCCUGACCUUCUGCUCCAGCUUCUCCCCGAGUCCCACCAGGGGGGAGGGGGAGCCCGAGGAGGUGGAGGAGGAGGAGGUGGAGUUCCAUCCACAGAGUCUGGAGAGUCUGCUGGUGGAUGAGGAGGAAGACGAGGAGGAGGAGGAAGACGAGGAGGAGGAAGAGCAGGCGGCGGGCGGAGACGGCAGCACCUUCAUCAUGUUCCCAGAUUCCUCCUCCUCCACCUGCACCGACAGGGAGUUGGGCGUGGAGGGCGUCGCCCGCCUCCCUCCGGGGGCGGAGCCUGCGUGGGGCGCCGGGCUGAGCCCGGACUCUGCGUGCUGCGAGUGGUCGGCAGGAAGUCUGGAGCCGCCGCACGACGCCGACACAGACUCCCUGAGUCAGGGCAGCUCGUUGGGCAGUCUCGGUCUGGACUACGACGAAGACAGGAACUCCCUGAACAACCACUUUGAGACUCUGGCCUCCAGUCUGAGCGAAGAAAGGUUCGACACCGACCUGAAGACGCUGCAGCCUCCAGAGGACAAACACCUGCUGAACCCACGACUCAGCAUCUCCACCCGCUUCCUGUCCCGCUUCCAGGACAGAAUCAGGCCGUGGCCCAGCCGAGCUCCUCCUCCCGUCUCCAUCCACAGCCGGAUCUCAGAGGAGAGCAGCAUCAGCAACAGCUCGGUGGCCUCCAAGUCGAGCAGCGACGUCGCCUUGGCAGAUUCCACCUGCAGAGAAAACGGGAGCAGCGUUGGCGACGUCGGCUCCAGGACUCUGACGGCCCACAACUCCGGCUCCGUGAGUCCGGUUCAGCUGGAGCGCCUGAAGACCUCGGCGCCCCCCAAACCGGGCCAGAACCCUUCAACCACAGAGGAGAACAAGGAGAACCUGGAGAACCGGGCCUCCCCCCUGCCGUCGGCCGGUCCAGACCCCCCCAGCGGGACCACGGACCCCCGGGUCCAGCGCUGCAGCCAGCAGGUGUUGGCCACGCCCACACCCGUGACAUCACAGGUCGGCACGCGGAGUGCCAGCAGCGACGACACGCUGACCCAGAGCCCCGCCCCCUCUGCCACAAGCCCCGCCUCCUCCAUCACAAACCCCGCCCCCUCUGCAGAGGGGGAGGGGGCUGCCGUCAAGGAGACGACGACCCCGGCCGGCCCAGUAUCAGACAAAUCUGGGGCGGAGUUGUCGCUCUCGGCCCCGCCCACUUCCUGUUCCUCCCCUCGGCCGGAGAAAGCCCCGCCCCCUCGGGGAGCCCCGCCCACUCAGACAGGUGGAGGUGGAGAAGAAGAGGAGGAAGAAGAAGAAGAGGAAGAAGAGGAAGAUUCCCUCAGUCUGCAGCAGGUGCAGCAGGUUUCCAACCAGCUGAGACAGGCGGGGAGACGAGCCGUCCUGCUCUACAAACAGCUCGGUGAAUCUCAGCGUCUCCAGAGAUCGUCCAUCCUGCGGGAGGCGCUGGCCUUCGUCCAAUCAGAGCUGGAGGAGGCGCUAGGCCACGCCCCCUCGGGUCUGGAGGCGGAGCCUGUACCGACAGGCCACGCCCCCUCUGGUCAGGAGGCGGAGCCUGCAACAGGCCACACCCCCUCUGGUCUGGAGGCGGAGCCUGCAACGACAGGCCACGCCCCCUCGGGUCUGGGGGCGGAGCCUGCAACAGGCCACACCCCCUCGGAGCUGCAGGACGACGGGACGAUGUCGUCUCUGCUGGAGAAAUACUCAGACCUGCUGGUCCAGAUGACCCGGAGAAAACUGGACCAGAUCUGAACCAGAACCCAGACCAGAACCCAGACCAGAGACCAGAGACCAGAGACUAGUCUGGUCCUGGACCAGAACAAACCAGAUCUGAACCAGAACCCAGAACUAGACCCAGACCAGAGACCAGAGACUAGAACAAACCUGGACCAGGACCCAGUCCUGGACCAGAACAAACCCAGACCAGAGACUAGUCUGGUCCUGGACCCGAACAAACCAGAUCCUGGACCCGAACCUGGUCCCGGACCAGAACCCGGUCCUGGACCCGGACCAGAACCAGAACAGACUUUCAGCAGCACAGACUUCCACGUUUCCUGCAGACGUUGAUUUGGUUAAAAUCGUCUGUUUGUACAAAAACCGGUUUUUAAUGUUUCCUAAUAAUAAAGGUUUUUUGUG